AUGGAUGGCGGUGGAGAUCCGGAGCGGCAACAAGCCCUUGAACAGUACAAGAACAAACUACUAGAAUCAAGAGAAUGGGAGUCGAAACUGAAAGCACUAAGGAUGGACAUCAAGGGACUGCAAAGAGAGUUCGAAACCACAGAAGAGAACAUCAAAGCGUUACAAAGUGUCGGUCAAAUUAUCGGUGAAGUCCUGAAGCAGCUUGAUGAGGAAAGAUUCAUUGUCAAAGCUUCUUCAGGUCCUAGAUAUGUUGUCGGCUGCAGGUCCAAAGUUGACAAGGCCAAACUCAAGCAAGGUACUCGAGUCGCACUGGACAUGACCACUCUCACGAUCAUGCGCAUGCUCCCACGCGAAGUCGAUCCCCUUGUCUACAAUAUGUCUCUGGAAGACCCUGGCCAGGUUUCAUUUGCGGGAAUUGGUGGAUUGAAUGAUCAGAUCAGAGAAUUGCGGGAGGUCAUAGAGCUGCCUCUAAAGAACCCGGAACUCUUCCUGCGGGUUGGCAUCAAACCUCCCAAGGGUGUCUUACUUUACGGACCCCCGGGCACUGGCAAAACAUUACUGGCAAGAGCAGUGGCAAGCAGUCUAGACACGAACUUCCUGAAAGUUGUCUCGUCCGCUAUCGUUGACAAGUACAUUGGUGAAUCUGCUCGUUUGAUCCGAGAGAUGUUCGGUUAUGCCAAGGAGCACGAGCCUUGUAUCAUCUUCAUGGACGAGAUCGAUGCUAUCGGAGGCCGAAGAUUUAGCGAAGGAACAUCCGCGGAUCGCGAGAUUCAAAGAACUUUGAUGGAGCUCCUCAAUCAGUUGGACGGCUUUGACUACCUGGGCAAGACCAAGAUCAUAAUGGCAACCAAUCGACCGGAUACGCUGGAUCCUGCAUUGCUUCGUGCAGGUCGACUCGACCGAAAGAUUGAGAUACCUCUUCCCAACGAGGUUGGAAGAUUAGAGAUUCUCAAAAUCCAUGCAGCAGGAGUGGUUACCGAAGGAGAAAUUGACUUCGAGAGUGUCGUCAAGAUGAGUGAUGGUCUCAACGGUGCUGAUUUGCGAAACGUCGUCACUGAAGCUGGACUAUUCGCCAUCAAAGAUUAUCGUGACGCUGUAAAUCAAGAUGAUUUCAACAAGGCUGUGAGGAAGGUGGCAGAAUCCAAGAAGCUGGAAGGCAAACUGGAAUAUCAAAAGCUGUAA